AUGUGUGAACCGUGGACUUCAAAGGGUCUACUAAACCUCAAGUUGCUCUCUACCGACAGACCUUGCUACAUUAAAAGUGUUAUUAUAGACCCCAUUAACAAGUUAGUGUCGACCUGUAUUUUUCAGGUAUUCAAUGAGAACCAGCAUUGGACUAAGACGAACGAGUACACAGCCACCGGGUGGUCGUUUUAUUUGAUAUUGGCCGGAGUCAUCACCACCAUCGGAUCAUCCGUCCCUGUAGGAUAUAAUAUCGGUGUUGUUAAUACACCGGCUGAGGUGAUAAAACAAUUCUGUAAUGAAAGUUUCAUCAGCCGUUACGAUGUAGUGCUGGACGAGCAAUGGAUGAAUGUUCUUUGGUCUUCGGUGGUGUCUAUCUUCAUCGUCGGCGGGUGUACCGGCUCUAUACUUGGCUCGUACUUAGCUGAUAGCCUCGGAAGAAAAAUGGCAACGAUCGCUACUGGCGCGCUAUGGAUCGCGGGAGCUUUGCUCUUCUUACUAUGCCGGACGGCUAAUUCAGUGGAGAUGCUUAUAAUCGGGAGACUGUUAGUCGGUCUAGCCGGAGGUCUGACUACCAGCAUAGUUCCCAUGUACCUGACGGAGCUGGCGCCGCCCAGACUAACUGGGGCCAUGGGUGUCGCGUGUCCCAUGGGGGUCAACGUGGGUGUUCUUGUUGGGCAAGUUAUGGGAUUGAAUUUUUUGUUGGGGGGCCCGGACAACUGGCCGUAUCUGCUAGGGGCUUACGCGAUUCUAGUCAUUGUGUGUUUACCCAUACUGUUCAUAUUGCCGGAGAGCCCGAAGUACUUGUACGUUAUGAAACGCGACGAAGGAAAAGCUUUGGAAGAGUUGAGUCGUCUCCGCGGUGUUUCAAUGAGCCUGCUGGCGUCAGAGCUGGAGACUCUUCGCGAGGAAGCGGCCACGGCGUCCGUCGUCCAGCGCUACUCGAUGCUGCAGGUGGCGCGGGAGCCUGCCCUGCGCCUGCCGCUGCUCCUGGUGGUGGCGCUACAAGCGGGGCAGCAGACCAGCGGGAUCAACGCGGUGUUCUACUACUCGCAAAUGAUGUUCGAGCAGGCCGGUCUGACGGCGUACCAGGCUCAGCUGGCGACGAUAGCGGCGGGACUCGUGAACGUGUGCACGGCCGCGCUCAUGGUGCGCCUCCUGCCGCGCGCCGGCCGCCGCCCCCUCGUGCUGCGCUCCGUGCUCGCCGCCGCCCUCCUCCUGGCCGCCCUGGCCGCCGCUCUCAACUACAUGGACGCGGCGCCCUGGAUGCCGUACGUGUGCAUAGUGGCCGUGUUGUCUUACGUCAUCGCGUACGGGUUCGGUCUUGGACCUAUAGCGUAUUUUAUUGCGUCCGAAAUGUUCGAGGUGGCGCCGCGCCCCGCCGCCAUGGCGUGGGGCUCGUUGGCGAACUGGGGGGGGAACUUUCUCAUCGGAAUGUCCUUCCAAACGAUGCGGGACACCAUCGGCGCCUACUCCUUUUUGGUGUUCUCCGCCGUUACCGCAGCCCUGUACGUCUUUGUGAGACUGUACUUCCCCGAGACACGAGGAAAGACUCCGGCUCAAGUAUCACUCCUAUGCAGCCAAGGGUUCCGCUCCAGACCCCUCAGUACAUCACAAUUGCGUAAUGCUGACGUAUGACGUCAUCGCGUACAGACUGUUUAUUCUAGUAUAUUAUUCGCGUAUUUCAGUGUCUCUAUACAUUUUAUAAACUAAGACUGGCUUGGUUUCUAUUCUAUUCUAAUAUUAAUAAUAUUAGAAUCCGACUGUUCAUUAGUCUCUCUGUUAGUUUUUUUAAAGAUUUAUUAAUUCUUACCCAUUAUAGUUAGUAGAAGUUGAACUUCGUAAUGUAGAAAAUUGUUUUGUUAUUAAAUGUGAUUGUACUAAGACGCCAUUAAUCGCGAUAAGCGUGUUAGCCAAAUUAUAAAUGGAUGUAUAUUUUUUAUUAAAUAUAAAUUCUCCACUGAUAGUCGUACGAAAGAAUAAUUCUAGAACUAAAUUUAUUUUAUAAUUAAAGAUAAAUCGACGUGUGCAUAAUGCUCAAUAACAUAAUAGUGUUAAGCAGAAUUCUACCAAAAUGAACGCUUCCAUCAUUUUACACGUUAUAGUUUAUUAUAUAAGUAUUGUAACGUGAUCAAUAUUACUAUGGUUAUACGGUUUAAUCUUUCGUUUUGAAUUGUCAUUAUGCGACUGU